CGCAAACAUGACGGGCCCAAAUUUUGCUAAGGGCUACUCAGAAACCCAACCCAACUCGUCCACGCUUCCCUUCCGCAGCUCCUUGUCCCCUUCCACCUCCGAUGGCCACCGCGACAACGACGGCGCCGGCGGGCACCGCCAGUUUCAGACCGGCACCUCCGCAGCCGCCGCCCUCAGCGCCAGCCGCUCCUCCGAGGAUCUUCACCACGGGCGCCGUCAAAUCGGAGGCCACUCCCACCCCCACGUCCACCGCCGCCGCUGCAGUCGGAGCGGAGGAACCGUCCCACAUCAUCACCGUCCCGAGUUACUCAGCGUGGUUCUCGUACGACUCGAUCCACGACACAGAGCGUCGCCUCCUGCCGGAUUUCUUCGAGGGGGAGGCCGCGGCUGCGUCCGGGUGCCGGGGCCCCGACGCGUACAAGUACUACCGCGACGCGCUGGUGCGGAGGUUCCGUGCGCGGCCGGGGCGACGGCUCACGCUCACCGAGGCCAGGCGGGGCCUUGUCGGCGACGUUGGCUCCGUCCGCCGCGUCUUUGACUUCCUUGAGGAGUGGGGACUCAUCAACUAUGGUGCUUUGCCAUCCGGGUCGAAGCAGGCAAAAGAGAAGAGGGAGGAGGCUGCGCCACAGCCUUCGGUGCCUGCUGGGUCAACAACACCCAGGAAGCUUUGCACUGGGUGCCGCACCGUUUGUGGGCUUGCUUACUUCGCCUGCGAGAAGGCAGAUAUAAGUCUCUGUGCUAGGUGCUUUGUACGUGGUAACUACCGGCCAGGUCUGACUACAGCAGACUUCAAGAGGGUUGAAAUUACCGAAGAUGCAAAAUCAGAUUGGACUGACAAAGAAACCCUUCACUUGCUUGAGGCUGUCUUGCAUUAUGGUGAAGACUGGAAAAAAGUGUCUGAACAUGUUGGUAGUCGAUCAGAGAAAGAUUGCAUUGCUAGAUUCAUCCGGAUGCCUUUUGGAGAACAGUUCAUGGGACCCAAGGAGGAUAAAAUGCAGUUUGAGAAUGAUGACGACAUUAAUGAUGACUCAGGAGCAGAUAUCUCAAAACGACUACGCCUCACACCACUGGCAGAUGCAAGCAAUCCAAUUAUGGCCCAGGUUGCAUUCUUAUCGGCUAUUGUGGGUUCAGAUGCUGCUUCAGCUGCAGCUCAUGCAGCUAUAUCUGCACAAUCCCGGGUUGAUUUAAAUGACAGCGAGAUUGAUUCUUCAAUGAACAGUAGCAGGGAAGAAGAAUCGUCUUGCACAAAUGGCCUUUUAGUCAAUGAUUUACUCAAAGAGGCCGCUGCUAAUGCACGAGGGCAACUUCAGAUGGAACGGAGCAAUACAGAGCAAUCUUUAUCCGACAUAGUAGAUGUCCAGAUGAAGGAAAUCCAAGACAAAAUAUGCCGUUUUGAACAGGAGGAGAUGCUGAUGGAGAAAGAGCGACAGCAGCUCCAUUGUUUAAGGGAUUUGCUUUUCGCAGAUCAACUGGCAGUCAUGCAACAUCAGCGCAGGCCCCUAGCUGUACCGACCGAGAGCAAAGAUGAUGAGAAGCCAAAACCUAUGAUUAGCAUAAGUUGAUUCAAAUAGAGCUUCAUCGUAGCAUGAUUUUGAUGCAGUAUUGAGCUGCAUUCCACCGUAUCUGCAUUAGCUAACCCUUUGGCGUCUGUAGAGUAGCUCAUUCACUUUUGUGUGUUGGUUUGCCUCAGCUGUUGUAUGAAGUAUGAACAAUGUCUAACCAAUUUCGUUUUCAUUCCAGCUAAAUGAGAAUUGUGUUCCUAUUUAAAUUAAACAAUGGCCUGGAAGUGUGAGGCAAGUUUACAUCC